AUGUCCAAAAAUCCUCCUUCUGCUGCCACCAACAACAACCACGUUGAAGAUGACGAUGUUGACAAUGUCAAAAAAGUGCCCAAAGAAGAUGCUCAAGCUGAUAAACAGGCUGCUGCGGAUUUGGAAAAGGUCACCGACUUCCACGAAGAUAGAGAAGCUGUCAGUGAGAUUUCUAGAGAGUCUUUGGGAAAUUUGAAGAUGGCACAACCUGAGCAGAAAAAUUUUACUAUUAAGAGGGACGAUAUUCAGCUUAUUAUGCAAGAAUUGGAAGUCCCCAGAAUUGUUGCUGAAGCAAAAUUGAUUCAAUAUGAGGGGGAUUUGAGAGCGGCAAUUUUGGAUUUGAUUGAUUGCAAUUCUUUGUUGAAAUAGAAAAAAAUAUAUAUUUUUUGGUUUUAUUGUAUUAUUUUUAGUGUUAUUU